AUGCCUUCCCCCAAGAGAAGACGGCUCUCACUCGACGACGAUGACGAGGAUCGCGUCGCACUCGUUCAGAAAACGGCCUCAUCGCGCCAGCUCUCGUUCGGUGCGUACCCCGGGUCAACCUACGUUCAGUCCGAGAGUAGCCUGUUCUAAUGCGUGUACGGGAUUGGAGGCACAGAUCCGAUUGCCUCAUCCGGGCUCAAAGCCUUCUCUCGCCCGAGUCGGGACCACGACCGGGAUCGGGAUGCGCUCCGUCGCACGACUCGGAGCAGCGCCAGCGAUGACGAGGUCGGCGAUCGCGGGCAUCAUGACAAGACCGACGACGACGACGAGGUGGAACACUGUGCAAUUUGCUUAUCCCCGAUUCAUAACAAGGUAUGAACGCGGCACUAGGAGCGUAUCGGCUGACUCGAGCUGAGGUGACCCCUGUUCCCCCCCUCCACCCCACUUUGAUCGCCCACACUCCCUCGCGCGCGCCCAACCAUGGAGUAUCUGCCUCUGGUCUCGACAGACCGUCAUCACACCAUGUCUUCAUUCACUUUUCUGCUGGGAAUGCAUCCGAGCUUGGUCCGAUCAAUCACGCAAGGCAAGUCACCUCGACCAAGAUCUCCCUACUCUCCAUACUCUCACCUCGUGCUUCUCCUCACCUCACCUGCCACGUCGCCCCACCUACCCCACAGUGCCCACUCUGCCUCGGCCCCUUCAAAGAGCUCAUCUACAACAUCCGAUCCAACAAGGACUUCCAAACCCACCACCUCGUACCCUUGCGAUCGCCGUCCACCUCGACCGCCGCCGAAGAUCACCGUCUUCUAGCCACCAGCUCGUCUCGCCCCGCCUCAUCGACCUCGCACCGUCGACCGAGCGUCACCUCCCUCCCGCGCUAUGCCCUCUAUGGACGCCGAAGCGAAGCCGACACUUCCCCCGCUGCAGGGAUGGACGAGGCGACCUGGCGCGAACAAGUCAACGAAAGGGCGUUGGAACGUCGUCGGUUCGUCUAUCGUCAGGGUCUAUUCGCCAAACACGUCGCUUCGAAUCGGUAUACGAGGUUCAAACCAUUCGGUCCGGACAAGCUCAAUAACAACGCGAUCAAGAACAAGGUGCUCGUCUUCGUCCGGAGAGAGGUGAGUAAGAGACGUUUAGGUCUUGAGUGACGGUGAGAUCCAGCAGAAGGCUGAGCUCGACCUUUUUUUUUUCCCCCUACCUCCCAGCUCCAAGUCUUUUCCUCAGUGGACGUCGCCUUCCUCACGACUUACAUACUCUCCAUCGCUUCGCAACUCGACCUUCGCUCCGCAGCGGCCAUACGUCUUUUAGCCGACUUUGUACCGCAAGCACAAGCCGAACACUUGGCGCAUGAGAUUGUGACGUUCGCGAGGAGCCCGUUUGACAAGUUGGAGGAUUAUGAUCGGUUCGUGCAGUAUGGAAGGCCGGAGAAGGUGGAGGUGCCGAGGGGGGAGGAGAGGGACAGGGAGAGGGAGAGGGAGAGGGAGCCGAGGUUUGGUAAAGGGGUCGACGGCCGGAGGGGUUGGGAGGCAUCGAACGGACGAUAUGAUCGAGGUGACCACGAUUCGAGAUGGGCCAGGAGCGACUCUUACGAUAGACGAGUCGAGGAAGGCUCGCGAUCUCGAAAUCGUUCGAGGGAUCGCUAUGACCGAGGAAACGAUCACAGAGAUGCAAGACGACGAUCACCUUCUUCUGCACCUCGCUCGCCGGUGUUGGCUGCUCGACCACCGCCUCGAGCGCCUUCACGCCAAUCACUGGAUCGACCUCCUUCUCGACCUUCCUCACGACGCUCGGACCUAGACUCGACUCGUUCCACUGCGACGAUCGAACCUGGCGUAGACGAAGGAUCCUCCGACAUCCUCUCACUCUUUGGCACGCCUCUCCGAGAGUCUACACCGCCACCAACGAACGGCGUAACUUCCUCAACCACGCACGACGCUCCCGACGCUUCUGCCGGUGCUGCCAAAGUGAGUCUUUCGAUCUUUGGCAUCGCGAAAUCGGCAACCCCUAUCGUGGAUACCGUCGAACGAACGAAAUCCAAGACGACUAUCGAUGAAGUCUCCCCCGUCGAGCUCGUCUCGAAUAACUCCCCUGAACCCUCUUUGACGAACGAAGUACGGUCCGCCGAGUCCAAAAGAAGGUCAAGUACGAUCUCUCGCGAAGAGUUGCAAUCGCGGCUCAUGGCCGAAUACCGUACCGCUCUCUCCAACAAGAUCACCCCACCCGUCGUCGCAGAAGUUUAUCCCUCUUCACCACCACCACCAACACCACUACCACCACCGGUCGUAGCACCUUCUUCGCCUCCCCUCCCCAAGACGAUGACGAAUUGGGCCGCACGAGGACAACUCGCCGCUCGUGCACUAGAACUGAAGCAAAAACUACUCAAGAAUCGUCGUCUUCGAGCCGAAUCGAUCACCAAGUCUCAAAUCUCACCCUCAACGAAAGACUCACCUCCAAUGAUCGACGAAGCUCCUUCUCGGAACCUCCCGUACGACGAGCCAAUGAUCCCGUCAAAGAAGAUGAUUUACUCUGAAGCGAAGCGCCGACUUGUUCUUGAGCGAUUGGAGCAGGAGAAACGACUUGUUGCUCAAGCCGUUUCACCCUCAUCUUCACUCUUGGAAUCCUCUACCAUCGCAUUCACGGAAGACGCACUCGCAUCCGAAGCCCUUCUUCGUCGUACGUUGCAAGCCAACAAGUCGGAGAAGAGGGCGGCGGAGUUGAAGGAACGUUUGUAUAAGAAGAGGUUGAUGAGGGAGAGCAAAGGGAAGGUGGAGGGUCGUUGA